UGUAACAUAACCUAACAAAUAAACGAACAAACUUUCGAGGCAAAAUGUAAUAAUUGAAUAUUAAUAAAAUUUAGACGUUCCUAUGUAGUUUUUGAAAGUAAUAGCACUUGUAAACAAAGUGAAAUGGGAAAGAGGUUAAAAUGUGUUACUCCAAAUAUAUUUUAACUGUUUAUCCUAAUCUGUAAACUCCGAAUAAUGUAAUAGUAAUGAAUAACACAAUGGAGCAAAAUGUAACAGUCAAAAAUUUACUCUAUCUGGAUAAACAGAUAAUAAGAAAAGAAUCAGGAUCUUGGUUUGACGAGCGACUAGUAAAUGGGAAUCAAGGACAACCAUUAACACUUGAGCCAUCUUACUACAAGUAUCAGGACAAUAUAGGUAGCUUUAUCGAUGCAUCGUCAACAAAUGUUCAAUGGUGGAAAGAUAUGUCUGUAACAAGUAUAAAUGCACAGCCUGAAUAUCAACAAGAAGCAGUUCCCUCGUCAAAUCAUCUAUUAACAAAUCAUUCUCUAAAUACUUUACCAGAUAGAUUAGAAGAAGAAGAAGAAGAAUCAAAUGCAAAGAAGUCUAUGAAACUUAAGCAAGGAAAGAAGCUAAAAACUAUAAAGGAACCUUUAAAACGUACAAAACAUCCAGAGUUAUGGAAAGUAAACGUAAAAAAAAAUGCCAGACUAAGAGGUGAAGAAUAUGUUGGAGUUGGAGGGAAACUUGUGCCAGCUAAAGCCAUGGGACCUCCUUGUAAAUGUCGUAUGCGUUGCACGGAGAAAAUAGACGAAUCUGCACGGGAAGAGUUGCAUAAUAUUUUUUGGAAAACGUGUGGUUGGGAACAAAGGAAACAGUAUGUUGCACUAUCUGUUAAGGAAUCACCGAAACAACGUACACGGUGUCGCGGAAACGUUAAAUCGAAGCAUCGUCGACAGAUUACGUUCACCUAUUCGCUUUUGCUGAAAGGGGAAUUUAUUACAGUGUGCAAGUGCAUGUUCCUCAGCACUUUUGCAGUGUCUGAGAAAUUUGUGCGUCAUGUAAUGGACAAAAAAAGAAUGUCGCCUGGUGGAAUUAUAGGGCCAGACCAAAGAGGAAGACAUACGCCUAAAACGAAAAAAAGUGAGAGUGUCAGGGAUAGAGUGCGCGAACAUAUUAAUUCGUUUCCCACCGAGAAAUCAACGAAUUCAAAGGAUCAUUCGGAAAAAAGAUAUUUGGACUCUACAUUAAGUAUUGUUGCGAUGCACAAACUUUAUGUAACGAAAUGUAAGGAAGAAGGUGUUCCAGAAAGUGAUAUAGUUAAGGAGAGUUAUUACAGAGAGAUGUUCAAGACGGAGUUUAACCUCACUUUCAAACAAACGAAGCAUAAAGAAAACGCACAAUUGCCAAAUGUUACGGAUAGUAAAACCGUAGCAAUUCCAUAAAAUACGAUCGAGGGUAUGUAUGAACUCAAUGUAUAUGUAUUUUCCUACGAUAACUGAAUGAUAAGAAUUGUCAUGAGGACUAAUUUUUAUAUCACGGGAUGCCUCGGAAAUGUCUUAAUUCGUAUUCUGUUCUUCAAACAUUAUUACGAAAAACAACUUAUAAUAUUAAUU